UCUCGGAUGCGGAAGUUGUUGACGCUGGCGGUAAAUACAAACAACACAACGCGUUGCUAAAAUAAUAAAAAUUUGGAAGUUAUCUGAAAAAAAAACGUGAAGUGCUUUUUAGACUUUUCUUUUUUUUAAAAAAAAGGAAGGAGCUGGAAAAGGAAAAGGAUUUCGUGCGGACGGGAGAUUGUGAUGCUUCCGUGUACAGAUUCAUCCCUGGGUAAAGGAGACAGUCUGCAUCAGCAAGUCUUGUCCUCAUUCCCGUUGUGCCAUCUGACCGAGGAUGAUCUGAUCCAGAACCCUCUGUUCUGCAAGCUCCUGGCCACGCUGUCACAGCAUGUGGAUCGAACCGGACUGACUUUACCUUUAAGGAAGGAGCUGGAAAAGGCAGAGAACGAGCUCCGGUCACAGAAGUUGGGAUGGCUCCGGUUGGAAAGCAUGCACCGGAUCCUUCAAGAAAUGGUACAGGAGCAUCGCUUCAGGCAACACCACUCCAAUGCGGCACCAGCUGAGGACACGUUCUACGUCACUCUGGAGCGGUGUUUGCUGGUGGCCCGGUGCGUCCAGCACCUGGACCCGAGCACCACCGUGGACCAGGAUCAACCUCUCAUCCUGGGUCUCUCCGCUGAGAAAGUGCUGAGUCAGCUGCCUCCACAGCAGGAUGUCUGGCAAAUGAAACAGAGGCUACCAACAGAACUGCAGAAGCACCUGAAGAAGAAACUCUUUAACCUCCUCUCCUACUACCAGCCUGAGUCGGAGAAUGAAAGCGAGGGGCUCAAGAGUGUGAAGCUGUCGAAGCUGCCAGAACUGCUGGAGAGCGAGCGCAGCCGAGCAGAGAGUCUGGCAGAGAAGAACAGAGAGAACGCCACCCUGCUGCAGCGCCAGACCCACUCCUACCUCUCUGAACUGCUGGAAUGCAUGCAGCUCCUGCAGACUCUUAUCCUCGACCUCCGACUCAAAGUGCAGAAAGAACUGGACAGGAAGAAGAUUGAAUACUUCGAGGCAAAAUGUGAGAUUGGAAUUCAGAAGAUCAGGGCAGAGAUGCUUGAGGUGCAGCUCGACUCUUACACACGAGACAAGAUCGCAGCACAUCAGAAAAUCACGGAGAAGCUCAAUGCUGAGCUGAAGGCGUGCCAGAUGGAGAAACAGUCCUUGGAGUCCAGACUGGCAUCCUUUGAGAUCUACGGCAGGGAGUUUGAGGUCCUGGCAGAGGAAUACUCCAGGCUGCGGCAGGAGGUCGCAACAAAAUCCUGGGCCCUGAAAGAAUUUACAACGUAAGCCUUCUUGGGAAGCAGUCAGGACCAGUACGAGUUAGACUCGACACUCAGAAGUGCCAAACUUCAUUAAUAAAGACGUAUAUGUGUUACUUCCCUUAUCUCUGUCUUUUCGUGUAAAUAAAUGUUUCCAGUAGAAGUGUUAUUAAUUCUGAGUAUUAGAUAACAUAAUGUCUCAGCUUUUUAGGAAUGCUCCUUCGGUGGAUGUUUUAGGGAACUUUUUCUUUCCACCAAAUCAAUGUGUCAUAAAAUUCCAACAUUUUAAACUGAACUCACAACAUUAAAAUCAUUCAUAUUUUUUACUUUA